AUGUCUUUAUCUCUAGAUGACAAGCUCUUGGGGGAAAAGGUCCACAACUACUGUAGUAGUAGCAGUGAAGAUGAAGAAGAAAUUGAAGGUGGUGGAGAAAAAGAGGGGACACAAAAUAAUACUCCCGAGCUUGUGAAUCCACCUAUAAUAGGAUAUCCAAACCGUCCUCAGACUGGACCUAAAGGUGUUGUUUCUGAUUACAAGCAGUUCAAGAAAUUGGAAAGAGAAAAGGUUGCUGAGAAGGAGAGGAAAGUCUUAGAGUAUGCGAAGAAACAUUCUCUUAGCUGUAGACCAUACAGUGAGGAUGUAAAGGAAAAAGAGAAGGAGCAGGAUGUAAUAAAAUCAUCAGAUGACGAUAGUGAUGAUGAGUUUUUGACACAGUAUAGACAAAGUCGGAUGAAUGAACUUAUGAACGCUAGAGAAUGUUUACCCACUUUUAAUAAAAUUUAUGAUCUGACGGUGGACACAUUUGUUAGAGAGAUUGAUGACACACACAAGGAUACAACUGUCGUCGUGUACAUAUACGAAAACGGUAAUACAUCUUGCGCAAAAGUGAAUGCUUGCUUGGACACAAUAUUCCAAGAAUAUCCACAUGUGAAGUUCUGCAGAAUAAGAGCUUCUGAUGCCCGUCUCAGUUACAAGUUUUCUCAUCAUGGUGUUCCUGCUAUUCUAGUCUAUAAGAAUGGCGAAUUGAUUGGCAAUAUGCUCAACAUUACUAAGGAUCUUGGCAAGGAGUUUUAUCCAAAUGAUCUGGAGAAUUAUUUGAUAGAUAAAUGCGUCAGUCGUUCACUGGCAGAAUGGCUCGCCAGUCAUGCUGGAGGUUUGAUUUCGAUUCGUGGGUGAUGCAUUCCCAAACCUCCCUCAGCCAAUAGUAAACCUAGUAAAGAAGGAAGGUUAAGUGUGAGAUCCAGUAAAAAUACCGAUUCGGGUAAAGCUUCAGAAAGCUUUGAGCUCCAUGUUCCACUCGGGACGCAAUGAAUAUAAAAAACUAAGUUUGCAAUGAAUUCUUUUGUUUUCUGUUAAAACAACUUAAGUACAACAAUUCCUUUUUCGCUGAUCACUACUUCUUUUUAUUUUGGUUUUUCGAAAGAUUUCAUGAUUAACUGCAAUGGAUAGAUGUGAUUGUCCAUACAGUUUUCCUGUUUUGUUUCUUAACAAGUGGUACCAAAUAUAACCAGUAUUUAAAUAAAAGGUGGUAUGAUUCUAAAUGGUCAUUUAUUUAGUGGUCUGGUUUUUUAUUAGACUUUAUCCAUGGAUAAUCCCGAUACAAAUAUUUAAGGGAAAACAAGUAUUUUGGCGAAGAAGCCCUUUCCACCGAGUUCAUUUAUAUGCAUUUUCACAAAUGAGGAUAGCAACGAAAGGGAUGUGUUGUUGUAAGCAUAUUUGCUGAUAAUAUUCAGUACAUAAGGGAAUUUCUAACCGAGCGAUGCUGGGGACAUCACUCGUACCAAAUUCCCAUGAAACUUCAUGAACUCUCUUACAAAUUGCCGCGCCUGGGCAGCGAUGAUUCGAGACGUUCAUGAAGCCGGCUCAUCCUCCCGUAGGAGAUAGCCGAAGUAAAGUAAAGUAAGUAUAAGGGAAGUUGAAUAAGAGCAGUGAUUACGUAGCGAGAUAAAUUAUUCAAUGAGUGGGUUGUAAUUGGGAUGUAUAUUAGAAAUACAGGAAACGUGAUACUACGUAGAGAUUCGAAAGGGUGAAAGAGUUAGGCAGUGUUAAAAGUGGUUGAAGUCUCUUUUGUAUGCAGUGCUCCAGUACCUCAGUCUGGAUGGUCAAGUCUUUCACAGUGCGUGGAAGACGAAGGGGUAUUGUCUUCAGCAGGUUGAUAUUCACUUUGUAGAUCACUUUGAAAGGGAAUUUUAUUGAACAUUGAGUGGAUAAAGUGUUCAGCUGUUGUAAUCCGUUUCAUCCAACUACAGAGGCCUUGUUAGUUUAUGUCAGUCCUUUAUAUCCAGACUUAAUUUAUUUUACUCUCAUUUGUCUUCUCGUGGAAACACGCUGUACACAUCAAAUUUUAAUCGGUAGAAAACAUCGGGUUAAUAAUUUAUACAAUCAAUUUAGGGUCAGGAAAUAUUUCUCUUAUAUAUACUUCACUUAUUCGCUUAAACACCUGCUGAAGCAAUUUGCAUCCCAACAAAUUUGUAUUUAACUCUCCGUAAUAUUCGCCUAAUAAGAUCAAGACACUAUUUUAUGAUUAGGGAAAUUUUUAAGAUGUUAAAAAGUUGGUGGUGUUGAAUUCACGAUUUCAAAAUCCUUUUAAUAAAUUCUGGGCAAAUUGAAUGAUGUAAUCGGGCUCGUUUCUUGAUAUCACAUUCAUUUGUUCAAGUUUAGCAUGAAAUAAAUCAAGCAUCAAUUAGACCAGAUGCUUUAUCGACUUGGGGCAUCCAUUUCGUUACCUGAUAUUUGCGCAAAAUUGUUGGUAUAGAGAGAAACAUGACGGAAGACAGUGUAAUUAAAGGUUGUAAAGAUGACGUUAGAAAAAAAGUAAUGUAACUAAGUUGGAGAUAAGCUGUAGUUGCUCCUGCGAUCGUUUCCGAAGUAUAAUACUGCAGGUGCCUAUUUAUAGGCUGUAGUUGUUGUAUCGUUACCACUUGUGAAAGUCAACCGACGAGGUUGUGAAGCUGCACUGACUGAGAAGCCUGGGAUAUGUAUUACAAAUACCAAGCCAUUGUUUUCUUAUUCAAGCAGUUUUUAGCUGACAUACGAUUAAAGUUGGAGAAGAGAUAGAGAUGGUCGAGUCAAACAAGACAACAUCAAUUCGCUAAGUCUUUGGCCUUUCGUUUGGGUCAGGUGGGGAGGUAUAGACUACAUGGCUGAGAUCGUUCAGAAUCUAGGAAUCAAUGACCGGAGACUGUUGGUCAUAUAUGUCGGGAGCGUUCUCGCAGGCGCACAUAUGUUCACUCCUUGUAAUCUUCCCGAUUCAUUGUAUUCUUACUACUCAUGUAAUUAUUUUCCCCCUUGCAUUUCUGCUUAUAGAAGUCUCUUAAAAUUUUCGUUUCAUGUUACGUUUAUGUAUGCUUUCAUAAAGCUUUACAACUGCCUGAACUACACUUUUGCGAAGUUCUACGUUGAAAAUUGAGAAUUGCAUUUGAAUCAGGGCAUAAAUGACAAAACAAUACGUGCUAGAAUUUACUCAAGUUAUCUGAACUUGUCUUUUCCCAACAAAAUCUUUUAUUUAUCGCAGUUUUAUUGCUCAGCAGUUUGCUCCGUCCUUCUCUAUGGCUCUG